GUCUCUAAUUAGCCGUUCCAACGGCGCGAGGAGUUGCGCGCGCUUUCGAUCAACAGGAAAAAAGUUACUUGGAAAAAAACUCCGGGGACGCUCUGACGCAAAGGCGCGUGCGAGGAGCUUCCACCCGCGAACACGAACGCCUUCAUCGACGCAUGUCCCCCUGCUAUCAGCGCGGACGACACGAUUUGGGGCAUCGCAUACAACCGCGUUCUGCAAUACUUUCGACGCAUGUCAUCUGCGCCGCCGGAGGCGUCCAAUGAUAGCAGCAAGAAUGCCGCAGUCAAAAGUGAGGCCAAAGCCAAACAGACACCAGACAAUAAAAGGCCUAAAUCCGGUGCCAAGAGCAGCAAAAGCACAGAGUCGACUGCCCCGUUUGACACUGCGAUUCCCGUUCUUUCCGCUUAUGGCUACGCCCUCGGGGAUACUCUGGGCAAAGGUUCCUACGCGGUCGUCAAGGCUGCUUAUUCUAGAAAACUGAAAAAGCAAGUCGCCGUCAAGAUCGUUACAAAAAAGAAAGCACCGGAUGAUUAUCUGACCAAGUUCCUGCCCCGUGAGAUCCAAGUGAUGAAACACUUGAAUCAUUCGAACGUGGUAAGUCUGCACGAGGCUAUAGAGACUAGCUCUCGUAUCUACAUCAUACUAGACCUGGCGGAUAACGGCGACCUUCUCGAGUACAUCCGAAGCAACGGCGCCAUCCCGGAGAACGAGGCGCGCUUGUUCUACCAUCAGCUUGUGGACGCGGUCGAGUAUUUACACAAUAAAGGGGUUGUGCACCGCGACCUCAAGUGCGAGAACAUCCUCCUUAACCGCGAUAACCGCAUCUUGAUAUCGGACUUUGGUUUCGCGCGCACACAGCACGUCAUGGCGGAUACGGGUAAAAGGCGACUGAGCCAGACGUUUUGCGGAUCGUACGCGUAUGCGCCGCCAGAGAUCUUACGGGGCAUUGCGUAUGACGGAACGCUGGCGGAUAUCUGGAGCCUGGGCGUGGUGCUGUACACUAUGGUCUCCGCGAGCCUACCAUUCGAUGACACGAACCUGAAGGUCCUUCUCGAGCAGGUGUCAAGAGACGUGGUGUUCUCCCGUAGAAAGAAGAUCUCGGAUGAGGUCAAGGAUCUCGUCAGACGGAUGCUGGUCGCUGAUGUGAAGACAAGGAUUGAUCUUGCUUCUAUCAGGCGCCAUCCGUGGUUCGUGGGGACCAAGUUCUCGGACGCAGCUAAGAUAGAUGAGGUUCCACAGCACGAGAUUUCCAAAAGUAAGCAAGAGGCGCAGGAUAGCGGCCAGAGUAGCGGAAAAAGCUCGGGAGAUUCGGGGAUCGCCAAGGAUGAGACUUCGUGAGAACUUCCUGGGGCGCGAGUGGAGUCGAAAUUGCAGAAUCCAAUCCAGCUCAGUAUUUUUUUAAGGGACAUUCGAUGAUGUUAGAAAUGAAAUAAUAACGUACUGAAAGAGGAAGGACUUGCGUUCACUUGUUUGUGACUCUCGGCAUUGAAGGAAAAUAAACAGUUUUAUUUUCUCAA